AUGCAAAAGCAAUUGCAACGUGCUUCGUUCCCGAUCGCUUCUUCCACCUUAUGUACUGUGCCUUAUACACAAACUCACUAUCCUCGUUCAGACCCUCACAAAGCACAUUCGGUCAGUCUAGGCGGUCCCAUAACAAACGGCCUGGAUAAAACUAACGUGGGUCAAGACAAUCCGGUUUCGGCUCCUGUUCAAUUCCCGUCUGAUCCACACCCAUCCAGUCAUUCUCUUCCGCAUAGUCAUCAUGAACUGGACACUGAUGCUGAUUCCUCGGCAUUCACCGACCUCAGUCAGGUUUCGUCUGCUUCACGCAAUGGCCAUCGACACACUGACCGAACGUCCUCUUCCUCUGCCCAUCAACAAUCUCCACCUUAUUCUCUGGAUUUAUCUCAACAGUCUGUACCCCAUCGCUCAGAUUCUGCUUAUUCCAGUCGUCAAACCCGGACCACUCAACCUCCACAGUCGCUUAGUCUGUUUACAGCAGCAUCUCAAGGCCGUGGUGAAGCGGGGAUGAAAAAGCCAGUCCUCAUCACGGCAAGUCCUGUGGAGACAGAUCCCAAUCGGAUAGCUGAACUCAAUAGACGGAAUCGUUUGCAACCAAUGCAUUUACGUACCAGUUAUCCGGUGGAGACUCAGACCGCUAAUCCGGAGAAGGUCGCAGUAGCCUUACGACAGUUGAGUUCCAAAUCACAAGGCAAAGACGAGCUGAACGGGUUCCGAAAACAAAACGGCACGGUUGCCCUAUCCACCGUUCCGGAAGAAUACGGGAAUGUUCUUCGGGAGAUGGGCGAUGAAAACAUGGCUGACCCAUCACAAUCCUGCCCGCGACGCCAAAUGUAG